AUGGUAGGUGUCCACGCACAAACGGAAACCGCUGAUAACAACAGUAAGGAUGCUUUCUAUGAUGAACUCAAUGCAUCGAUGUCUAAAAUACCACGAGAAAAACCGUCGAGUCCCAUUUCAACCGAAAACCGACAUGGCAGGGAUCACUUCAAGACCUUGCUGAACCGGCAAGUGCCGUCAGCUCCUGAACUCGACAACGUUCAUAGAUCGAAAUAUGCGGUUAACGAGCAACCACCGACCGAGGAGAGUGAUCGAAAUCUGGCAGCGGUAUACGAAGCCACUUUCCACUCUCCUCAUCGAGGCCGUCUUCUAAACGCGUUCCGCGCCGAUGGAGCACCAGUAAAGUUCGUUCGCUCGCAUGAUGAUAUGAAUCAACGAACAACAGCAGCAGUUCGAACAGCAGCCGGAUAUACAACACCGUUUGAGGUGAUAACUGGAGUAAAACAAGGGGCAGUGGCAGGACCCUUCCUGUCCAAUUUCGCCAUCGACAACAUUAUGCGAAGAACAGCAGAUCAGUGUCCUGCAUCAUUCUAG